AUGUCUCAGAAGAAAUUUUCUGGGGCACCAUUCGGAGUACAGACUUCGAGGUGAGUGCGAUUUACUAACGCUACAAGUAAGUUGGUGUCAAAGUUAAUUGCGCGCGAGUCUGUUUCUUCGAAAUCAAUAACUUCAUUAUACCUAUGCCUAUUCCUUCGUCAUUCUUUAUUCUUGAAGCAUUAUCAAAGAAAGCAAAGGAAGCUUUGAGUUCAGAUUUUAAGAUCUUAGUAAAUUGAAGAAUUUCGUGCUUUACUCGUGGUCAUGCAACACUCGUUCAGGCUUGUCAACAUAUUCUGGAAUGCACCCAAACAAUUAAUAGAUAAAGUUAAUUGACAAGACACAAUGAUAUGAUAUCUUGUAUUGAUUAAUCUUGAGAGAGCUUUCAUCGUUAAAAGUUUUACUCAGUGGGGGCAUGUGACGUUCUGAACAUUUUACCAAGAACACCUCCAAAAGAGUUUUGAUUUUUUAAUUUUUAUGGUAAAGUCUACACGAGGAAAUUACGGUUAAAUGUGAAAAAAUUUCCUGUAGAGAUGCUCAGUAAAAAUACGCUCUGAUCACACUUUGGGUUUCAAUUAAUUUUGAUUUGCAGGUUUGAUGUCGCUGGAAUUCAUCCGAAAAGCAAAACGCCUGGAACAAUAACACAAGUAGCAUAUGACAAGAAAUGCAUGCAAGAAGUGGUGGGUUAUCUCUUGGUUAUUUAAGUAAUGCUGCACAAGAAUGUACGAUGUCUAACUCCUCUGGGGUGCUUAAACCUUCACUCACUUCAACUGGAGAGCUAAACAUUUUAAGACAAAAUACAACAUCUACAGAUGUUUUGUUUUGCAAUAAUUGCCAUCAUAAAUUUUGCUGAAAAUCAUCAUACAAAGUUUGCCCACAAUUUUAAUUUUAAGAAAUCAGCCAGUCUCAAUGCUUAUUGGAGAUAGCUGCUGGUUGUUACAAUAGCUUGAUACUAGAAAAAAACUAUUUCAGAGACUUUCUAAAUUGUAGCAUGGGUAAGGGAGGGUCAUACAAGUGUUAAGUUUUUGCUGUUAAUUAACAGACAGUUUAUUCUUGCACCAGAAUCGCCGUCUUGGACCAGGUUCAUAUAACAUUGAUGUGGGUGGAUUUAAUCCCAAGUCUGUUUCUGAAAGAUCCUCUGGUCCUGGUAAAGAUAUGCAUUUUUUUUGUCAAUGGGUAUAAAGAUAAUGGUCUUUUAAAUUUUCAUUUUCUAUGAAUUUAACUGCCUACAAAGUAGACAAGUAUCCCAUGAUUCUGUGUGGAAGAACUUGCUGCAAACUAUCUGCCACUUCAUUUUAAUUGAAAAAUCAAGAACUCCACUCUUCUAAGAGAUUCAUAAUGGCUGCUUAUGGACAAUUACAUAGUAAUGAAAGAGAUUUAAGGUCAAAUUGGAAGGUUUAAAGUGUAGGUAGUCUUGAUUAAUAUGUGUUCACUUACCGUAUUUGUUAGUCUACUUGUGGAUAGAUGAUGGAUACCAGUAUAUUUGGUGAUUAUCAAUUGAUUCAUGAAGUUACUCCAUGAUCAGCCACUGGCUAACUGGUUAUUGAGAAAUUUUCUACCAAUAGUCAGCCAUUGUCUUGGUAGAGAUGUUAGUGGACUGUCAGUCAUCUGUCAGCGGCAAACAGCAAUCUACCAACCAUUGACCAACUGUCAUCAACUAUAUCUAGUACUUGAUUAGCUGAGGCUUCCCUCAUAUACAUUAUUCAUGAAAUUGAUCUGGGCUAUACUUAAUGUCAAUCCUUAGGAUGGGAAAGGGCAUUUGAAACAGCUCGCCUUGCAAAAAUACCUCAUCUCUUGUACAAAGAACAAUGGGAAAAGAAGCAACUACAGGUAACUACAUGUGAAUGCUUUAUGCAAAUGUAAACACAAGCUGGAUCGAUAAUUAAUGGUUACAUCUGGAAAAAUGCAUAUUUUGUGUAAAAUGUAAAUCCUUGGACUAGACUGAGAUAGAAUAUUUCCUCUCCAAUUAUUCACCAAAUUGUUUCCCUUUUAUCUGUUGCCUUUAAUCUAUUAAGAAGUUUGUAGCACAGUUACAAUCAUUUUACUUUGGAUCUAGUUGUUUUACUUGUAAUUUUUUCUUAUUCAAGUUUUCAACUCUUUUUUACUUAAACAGAAGCAACUUCUUGGUCCUGGGACAUACACCAUCACUGAUUUUAUUGAUCACAUGGGCAAAAAGCCUGGGAGCACAAGAGGUGUUUGUGAAACCAGAGAAGCAAGAUUUGAUGCCACAAAACUGGUGUGUUACUUGAAUGUCUGGUCAAUAAUAUUAAUUGUUAAUUGACACUGCCAAAUUGUAUUAAACCUGUGACCUCCUAGGAGUGAAAAGCAUAUACUGGUAGUUUCUCCAUACAAUAUCACCCCCAAAUCACACAUUAAGGUAAUGAGAAUAAAGGAAAUGAUCACCAACUAAAGAGGCUUUGGAUUGUGAAACAAAUUCUCCUUAUCAGCACCUUAGGGAAUGUAUAGGAAACAGCAUGGAGAAUAUGCAUGCUUGUGUUAGGGUGGAAAGGGUUAAAAUCCUCUUAGCCAGCAUAAGUUAUAGAAUUCCAGUUCAACAUCUAACUGGUCUGUGAUGGAAGUUUACAUGAUCGUUUUACCUUACUAGUCAAUGUACUUUCAGAUCCACCCUCUUUGUGGUGUGCUCAGUCCCUAUGCUUUUCUCAAGUCUGGUCUUUGACUCAACUAAAAGGGUGUUGUUAGGGAAGGGGCUAUAUUCGAGCCUAUAGGUAAUUAACCCUUUAACUCCCAUGAGUGACCAAAACAGAAUUUUUUCUCACAAUAUCCAUACAAUAUCAAGCAGACAAGGGAUGAGAACAAAGAAGUAUAAAGUAGGGGAUUAUAAGUUGUUCUAAUAACAAAUCCUCAGAACUAAAAUCAUAGGAAUUGUAUGACAGUCAUUAAGGAGAAUUUCUAAUGAAAUCUUGGGAUUGAAAGGGUUAAACAUUUCCAAAAUGUCUAAUUGACGCUGUAUUAAGUGUGCAAAUACCCACAGAUGCCACUAAAUUAAAAAUUACAGGGAAUGCGUUUCUUUUUUAUCUUUUGUUUUUGAAAUGCUUUAGAGUCAUGUGCCAGGGCCAGGAACUUAUGGUAAGGGAGGGAUACCAAGUGCUGUGAUUGAGGAGAAAGUUCGAAAGUCGGUCAGUAAUGUAGGAAUGCUGGAUUCUGGAAAGUCUUACAAGAGGCAACUUCCGGAAGUGGUAUGUACACUGCCUAUCAAUGCUACAUUGCUUGGUGAAUACCACCAAAAGACUUAACAAUAUUCAUCUUUGAAAUGUUUGAAUGUCGGAUUCUGGACAGCCUUACAAGUGGCUAGGCAGCUUCCAGAAGUGGUAUGUAUAAUUAUCUAUUAAUGCUAUGUUACAUUGCUUGGUGAAUACCACCAAAAUACUUAACAAUAUUUGUCUUUGAAAUGUUUGAAUGUUGAAUUCUGGACAGCCUUACAAGUGUCUAGGCAGCUGCCAGAAGUGGUACGUAUAAUUGUUAAUGCUAUGCUACAUUGUUUGAUGAAUACCACCAAAACACUUAUCAAUAUUCUUCUUUGAAAUGUUUGAAUAGGGAAGUCAUUUGUGUCCUGGACAGUAUGAGAUGAAGAGUUUCACAGAUGAGAUGGAGGCAAGAGUGGUUAGCAAAAGAGGACCUUAUGAUCUGUUCACUGGUGAAAGGAAUAAACCCAUAUCUGUAGGCUACUUUGCUCUUCCGGUAGGAAUCUGAUAACCUGAUUUAAGUGUGAGGUUGACACCAGCUUUGAAAAAAGUGUCUUUGACCAAACAUGUAUUUUUAUCUUUCAGACAAAGCAAAAUUUGGGUCCUGGAGAGUAUGACUUAAAGUCAUUCCUACACGAGCUUCAAGGUAGGCAAUUUUACAGGAACUAGUUUAUCUGCAGCUCAUGCAUGUUCAGUUGGUUCCAGCAGGCAAGAAACUAUUCAGGAUUAAAAAUGACUUGAACCUCUCCAUCCUUAACCUAAACAAGAAACAUUAUUAACUAAUAAGAUCAUCAGGAUGUCUGGAUAAUGUGAAUGGAAACAAAAUUGGUUGUUAACUAUAAACAGCAGUGUGCUCUGAUCGGUUAGAUGACAAUGAAACAGUGACACAAGAAAAUGUUGCAUUUACUUACUUAGAGUCAUUUUUGACAAUCUGAAGGGCUAAGCAAAUGAACCAAAGAGAGGGAUUUUCAUGGACUUUUCAUUCCUCAACUUUUUUUUUUCUAGAUAAGCAUAAGAACCACCAUGGAGUCUUCUUGAAGGUGCAGCGUUUCCCGCCAUACCCAACCAACAGGAUCUAUUGUUCAACGCUGAGUCAAUACCCAAGAGACCCUGUAAGUUUUUUUCCAUGGUUUGCCAGAGUUGUGAUUGGCUAAGAUGCUUUUGUAUUGCUCGUUUUUUUUUUUUAGUGCAACUUAAGCAUGAUCAUGAUCCAAAUACAAAGUCAGAUCAAGAUAGGCCUUCAAUGUUUGCAGGCUCAGAUAUCUUUCUGUUAACCAUCUUUCCAUAAAACAAACAUGUGCAUAACCUUUGAGUUUUUUUCACAUUAGACUGACCCAGGACCUGGAAACUACUCACCCCAGGAGCUUACAAAGCCAGAAGCGACCGUCAGACCACCCUUUGGUUCAACUGCUGAAAGAUUUGACCGUCAUGCCAGAAGAUUCUUCCUUGGAAGCACAGUACGUCUCUACACCUUCAUAGGAAGAAGAGUUAGCAAUAGUGCCAACAUUCAGUAAACACAGCUCAAAAGAAAGUCAUGUUAACCCCUAGCAUUGCAUUUGUCAUCAUAGGUGGAACUAUAGCUUUUUGUAUAGCAGGAGCUAGCCAGAGAAGGAAGGAGUCAUUUUAUGCUGGUUUACUCUUGUUUGGAAUUGAGCAAUAACUUCCUACUUGUAAAAUAAAAAUGAAACAAUUCCAAGCAAAUUUUAAGGAUUGAUAGACAGCAACAUGGAUUUAGUUACUCUGAUCAUGCCUGGUGGUCUUGAAUAUAGCUUUUAUAAUCAGGUGCUACUAAUCCAAAGUGAAUAUUUCAAAGGAAAAUUCUUGUUUCUUUUUUUCACUAUCUCAAUUUAGGCAGCCAAUGGGCUAAUGUUGAUCAAAAUCUCAUUGCAGGUUCUAACCUACACGAAUGACCUUAACCUUUUACUUUUAAUCAAUUUUCAGAAUCCUGUUGGUCCUGGGCGUUAUGAUGUGGAUCGCUAUGACAAAGCACAGCACAAUAAUGGACACAGAAGUGCUUUUAACUCUAAAACCAAGAGAUACGACCUCAUACGGGACAAAUACUUAACGUUAGUAUACUAUGCAAACACAUUUAGUACCCUUCCCUACUUCACUUUGAUGAUAUCUCUACGUGUACAAUGUUUUCAACUUCGACAUGACAGCACAAAUAUUUGAUCACUAUUGGAUGAGCUGUUGAACUUUGUAACCGCUCCUGUUAUCUGUGUUGUUAGUGCUCUCUAGGUCUAUGUUAGUUCACUUUACUCUAUAGAGCUAAAAGCUCUAAAAUUCCAUUGUGAUUUGGAAUCUUUUUCAGUGCUACGUCAAAAAAAUUUACGCCCAAUUAAUCUGCAUAUAUUCAUCAUUCUCUAUGUGUCGUGAUACAUGAACAUGCCCCACAUUUGCAUACAGCCCUUUUCAAUAGAGCUGUGAACCUAAAUCGUAAGAAAUCACUGCACCCAAUCAGAGCAAAGGAAAAUUAUACAAGGAGCCAAUGAGAAUUCAAAAGCAAAACCGAACACACCUGCUGAAGUGUAAAGAGAAUGCUAGGGAGUAAGAAGCGUUUGGUUUAUUUCACAUCUGAUUGGUUGAGAGAUUGGCAGGAGCUUUGUUGACCUAUCACAGGGUGUAGUAAAGCAAAACCCCAACAAAGCCCACAUUACUUGUAACACUUAAUCAGAAAUAACUCUGAAUUCAAUAUUUCGUGACUGAAAGGAAUCUUAAUGUGAAUCAUAUUUUGUUUCUUCAGGGAAAGGAUCAAAUCACGAGAGGUUGACAAGGUUUUCAUGGUCCCUAUUGAUGCACAAUAAAAUUACCUAUAGCAAGCAUGUCAAACAAUGGUACUUCAAAGAUCGAUUUGAAAUUUCUCACCAAUAAAUCAAAGAAGAAUUGAAUGUAUUUGGCAGCAAAUAGCACAUUUCUCAGUGCACCACUUUUUGUAAAUCAAAAAUUCAGCUUGUAUGUUUGGGAGCACAAGUUUUGGAUGUUUUAUUCUGGGGAGAAGAACGAUGGUCAGUCAUUUUUUCCCUCCUAAUGUGUGUUAUAUUUUUUUUACACAAAUCAAUUUCUACAAAGUGUUUUUAUCCUAAUAAUAUUUUGGUAUUGGUUUCCAUAAACAUUUCUCAUGAAACAAUUUAUCACACUGUAAAUGAUAUAAAGGUAUCACAUGAAUUUCGACAUGUUAACAGUAUGUCAUCAGGAGUGCAGAAUCUUCAUUUAGUUUUCUUAUGAAGCGUUCCUUAUUAUCAGCAAAUGCAUCAAAUUGUAAUGGAAGCUCUAAGCUUCAAGUGUAAUGAAUAAAGUCGUUUUCUUUUCUAUAUUUGGUAUAGUUGUGUCAGAGUCAGGUGGGAAGUGCGCAGUGUGAUAAUGGGACAGAACAAAAUCAGACUUAAUUGCAAUUUUUUGCCCAUAUUCAUCUCAUUUUCUGGUACCACAAGAAACUGAUUCUUGAAGAAAAAAUCUGAAUGGCAUGUGGAACCAACAA